ACCAGGAAGUUAUUCUUUUCGGUGUCAGUAAAGAUGGCAGCCCGCAGCAUGUGAAGAGGACAGAUUUGAUACUAGGGCUUUUAGCUUCACAAUCAUGUACAACCAGCCAUGCAGAAAGCUGACAGGUCUGGUAGGUGUUAGCAUUCUCCAGAGUCUUGAAAACGCAGCCCAGGCAAGGCUUGUUUCCUGUAACCUUGUUCAGCAAUGCAGAUCCUCCCGCAGCAAAUGGAUUACCUUUCAACACUGUAACUUUCUCAAGCGCCAGUAUGUCACAAAAACAACCAGAGCCUGUCAGCGUGCGAAGCCAAAGCAGGAAGCACUGACCGCUCCGCUGGUGGAGCGGCAUCAGCAUUUACAAGAUGAAACGGUUAUUCGUCAGGUCCAGCAGAUUUCAGAAAUCGACCAACAUCCUUCCAGCGUACAAUCUGCUAAGGAGACUCCUACUCAGCAUACAGAGGGGGCCAGCUCAGACGAGGAUCCCUCCACUGCGCAGGAGUCUCAGGAGACCAGACAGUGGAAGGAAAUCAAGGUGGUGCUUGGGGACCUACCAGGAAUCUACGCGAGGCUGUCUAAAAUCAGACUCACAGCCUUGGUUGUCAUGACUGCAUCAGCUGGCUAUGCUAUGGCUCCGGUAACCUUUGAUCCCAGCUGCUUCCUCCUUGCUUCCCUGGGAACGGGCCUCGCAUCCUGUGCUGCCAACUCCAUCAACCAGUACUUUGAGGUCCCCUUUGACUCCAACAUGAACAGGACCAAGAACAGGCCACUGGUUAGAGGCCAGAUCAGCCCUCUCCACGCAGUGAGCUUUGCUGCAGCCUGUGCAGUUCCUGGCAUCACCCUGCUCACCCUGACAGUGAACCCCCUAACGGGAGCCCUGGGUGCCCUAAACCUCUUCCUGUACACCUGCUGCUACACCCCCCUGAAGAGGCUGACCAUCACCAACACCUGGGUGGGGGCCGUCGUUGGGGCGAUCCCCCCUGUUAUGGGCUGGACAGCUGCCACAGGCAGCCUGGACGUGGGUGCCCUGCUCCUGGGAGGGAUCCUGUACUCCUGGCAGUUCCCUCAUUUCAACGCUCUCAGCUGGAACCUGCGGGAGGACUACUCCAGGGGAGGCUACCGCAUGAUGUCCGUCACCCACCCGGCACUCUGCCGGAGAGUGGCACUGCGGCACAGCCUGGCCCUCAUCGGACUGUCUGUCCUGGCGCCGGCCCUGGACGUCACCAGCUGGACCUUCCCACUCAUCUCCCUCCCCAUCAACCUGUACAUCAGCUACCUCGGGUACAGCUUCUACAGAGACGCGGACCGCAGCAGCGCCCGCAAACUCUUCUUCUGCAGCCUCUGGCACCUGCCCAUGCUGCUGCUCCUCAUGCUCACCUGUAAGAAACACCGAGUGGGCAAGGAAGAUGAAUCCGUGGCUCACAGUUAAGUGGCGUGGCACACGAAAACCACUGAGGCAUUUAUUUGUUUUUCCCUCAAUCCGCCACUGGCCUCUUCCACCUCUCUUACGUCCAAUGCCUUCCCUGUUUGUUGGUUGAUUACAGACAACAAAUCAAUGGGGGGGGGGGUUCAAAUAAAAAUUUACCAAACAAAUGGUGAUGUGUACAUGUGUUAAUCAAGGAGAAAAAUACCAUUGAUAUAGUUAUUGGUUGUAGAUAGAUAGAUACAGAAAUUUGGUUGGCAGUCUGUGUUCUCAUAACUUUGUUGACAACCCCUGCCUCCAAGCAAGAUAUUGGUUUUGUGUGACUCAUUUCGAAUGUACACAGUCCUGAAGAGUUUUUAAUAGAUCCAGUACCAGUUGGAAUAUGAAGGGUACUCACGUAUUAGGUAACCAGCAACAUGAAUAGGAUUUGCUUUGUGCACAACACCUCCCUCCCUUAUAGUUCCAGCAUAUACUUCAGGGAAUGUUUAUUACAAUACGAAGCCCAGCUUGUGCGAUUCAAACUUGGCCCACAAUAUUGUCUUUCAGUUCUAUAGUUUUGGCCUCUGCUUACCCAAUCUCCAUUCAGACCAGGGCAGUACUAAACCUGUCUCAAGGUGAAAAAACAGUCUUAACAGAAGAGCUGUAAUCACUCUACCACACCACUUGAGGCAUCAUAAGCAUUCCAGCUAUUUUGUUGUAGUCACUGUGGUCAAAAGUAUCAAGUUGUUUUGUAGUCCACAUCUUACAUCCAUUACGUUUGCGCUGUGGUUUAUCUAGAGCCUUUAAAUUCAGUACCUUUUACAUUUUACUUUGUUUUUAUCUUGUUGCGAUGGACACUUGCAGGGUAUUGCGGAUACUAGAAAGGUCUAUCUUUGUAUCAGGAAAUGCUGUCCUCUAUUCUACCCCUGGAGAAGAAGUGCUGGCACUGGUAUCCACACAGCUCGCAGAAUAUGGAACAGCUUCCAAAUUAUAGUUCUGUUACACACGCCCCCUGCAACUGGGAACAUGCAUACGUUGUGUAUGUUAACAAAAAAUCAAGUGCUGCAGUCUAAAAUGAUGAUUUCCCAAAGUUAUAUUUCUGU